AUGUCUGUUGAAGCUAUCAAAUUCGAUAGAUCCAAUAUCGAAUUACAAAUCUUAGAUCAAUUAUUAUUACCAUAUCAAACUAAAUACAUAACUAUAAAUUCAAUAUCAGAUGCAUUUGGCGUUAUUAAAUUGAUGCAAGUGAGAGGAGCUCCAGCAAUUGCAAUAGUUGGAUCAUUCGCCGUGGUAAUCGAAGCUAAAAAAUCAAUAAAUAAACCAGGAAAAGACCUAAUUGACAAAAUAGACUGGCUAAUUACUUCACGUCCAACUGCAGUCAACUUAUCUAAUGCUUUAAAUGACAUUAAACAAUUAAUUGGAGAAGAAAUAAAUCAAGAAACAUAUGAUAAAAUUUAUAAAUAUGCUGUUGAGUUAUAUGAUGAUGAUUUAUCCAACAAUUACAAAAUCGGAGACAACGGUGUUAAUUAUAUUACUAAAACAUUGAAAGAAGAAGAUUUCAAGGGUGCUUUUUCAAUUAUAACUAUUUGUAACACUGGUUCAUUAGCAACUUCUGGUCAUGGUACAGCAUUAGGUAUAAUUAGAUCAACCUAUAAGCAGUUGAGAGAAGGAGAUUUUCAUCUUGAUUCUGUGUAUCCAUGUGAGACACGUCCAUAUAACCAGGGAGCAAAAUUAACAACUUAUGAAUUAAAAUAUGAAAAAAUUCCAUUCACGUUAGUUUGUGAUAAUAUGGUAUCUUCAUUAAUUCGAAAACAAAAAAACAAGGCUCCAGUCAAGUUUAUUAUAGUUGGGGCUGACAGAAUUGUAAAGAAUGGAGAUACAGCUAAUAAAAUAGGUACAUUUCAAUUAUCUACAAUUGCAAAUUAUUUCAAUUCACAAGGUCAUGGAAUUAAAUUCAUCGUUGCUGCACCUAGAACUACAAUUGACUUAAAUACUGAAUCUGGAGAAGAUAUUGUGAUUGAAGAAAGACCAAGUCGAGAAUUGACUACUUUGACUGGUCCAGUAAUACAAGGAGAUGAUGUUGGUGAGAAAUUGACUGUUGGCAUUGCGACUCCUGGGAUUGAAGUUUGGAAUCCUGCGUUUGAUGUCACUCCGCAUUCUUUAAUUGAUGCUAUUGUGACUGAGGAUGAUUAUAUUGUGAAAGAUAAAAAUGGUGAAUUUAAUUUAUUAAAGUGA